UUCUAGAGCUUUAAUCAGAUUCUUAACUACUUUUUUGGCCGUCGGGCUUCUUGAUUACCGAUAAUAUCCCCCACGUGACCUUGUGCACCACCUGAUGUCCACUUAGCUACCAGCGAUGAGCGAAUACAUAUGAACAAAGUGGGACAACAUUACAUAGUUCCACUAGGUGCAUAUUAGUAUGGAUGUAUUAAGCUGAUCGUUGGUAAGCUUGAGGAUGAAGACGAUGUACCUAUAAAUUGCUGAAGCCGUCCCGUUUCUCAGGGGUUAAAAACAGAUAAUCACAACAUCUCAAACAUUCGCGACAACACCAGUUUGUCAAAUAAGCACAUACCGGAGUCGUCCAUCACCCAAUCUCGCACCACUUGCAUUAUUCUAGCCACCAACAAUUUCGCAACAUCUCGUCUCACCACAAUGACCUCUGAUACAUCGUCAGAUCAGCUUGUCUUCUACGACAUCGCUUCCGGGCCCCCAGUCCACCCAUUCGCGCCUAACCCGUGGAAAGUCCGGUACGCGCUAAACUUCAAGCGCGCCAACUAUGUCACAGAAUGGGUUGACGUAUCCGAGGUGACCGAGACCCGUAAACGCCUCGGCGUGCCCCCAGUGCGCUUCUUCCCCAAUGGCGAGCCAUUCCACACGCUUCCCGUCGUCAAAGACACAGCAACAGGCGACUUAGUAGGCGAUUCCUUUGACAUCGCCGUGCACUUGGAGAAAAAAUAUCCCAACAGCCCGUCCCUGUUUAAACAUUCAAUCGGGCUAUACGCUGCUUUCAACGCUCAUAUUGACUCCAUAUUCCCCACGGCCGGAAUAUUGUUCUCUGAAGGCUUCCCGUUUAACCCUAAAACCAUGGAGAAGAGCAAGGCCGAGUUUUGUAAGCGCGCGGGGGUGGACUCGUGGGACAAGCUUACCGUGCAAGGAGAGGCGAGGAGGAAUGUGGUGAAAGACUACGAGGUCGCGCUUGGCGAGAUUGCGAAAUACUUUAGAUUCUCCGAUGGCCCCUUUAUAGGAGGUGCGGAGCCGGAUUAUGCGGAUUUCAUCAUUGGUGGCUGGUUGAUGAUGUUGAGUGAAAUGGUCAAAGAGUGGAGUGAAAUUCGGACGUGGCACAGCGGGUUCCUUGGCAGACUGCACGAUGCUCUAGAGCCGUAUAGGGGAACUUGGUGAAUUUAAGGGAAUGGUAGUAACUCUUAUGCUCCGGUUCGUGGGUGUUUGGAACAACCCUGACAUUGUCAACUCACCUCUAGUUGAAGACAAGUAACCGCGAAUGAUAAUGUCGCGAUCCUACGGCUAUAGACAAAAAGACUUGUUGUAUAUGGCCUUGGCUUAGACAUGAAGGGGUUUAAAGCCUUCGUGCAAUAUAAAUUAUUAUAUAGCACCCCCAUAGUUGUGCUUCUCACAAACAAUAAUAUGUCAUAUUUCAAUCUAUUCUAUCUACCCUAACACCAG